GUUCGUCGAAUAUGUGUCAUUGGAGCUGGCCCAUCAGGGCUCGCCGCUGCGAAGUUCCUUCGCGCCGAAAACAGUUUCAGCGAAAUAGAUGUCUACGAGCGGCGAAGCACUCCGGGCGGACUCUGGAACCACUCCGCUGAAACACAUGGAGAUGGAUUUGAGGAUCGUAUUCCCUCGACAAGCCCACAUGUGCCGCUCGAGCACCCAGCUGCUGGCGGAGAGUCUAGUGGACACUACGUCUCACCCGUCGACGACUUCAUGGCGUCCAAUAUUCCGAAGACGUUGAUGCGGUACUCUGACCUCAAGUUUUCGAAUGAUCUACAAAUCUUCCCCAGCCAUGAGGAGAUUCUGGACUGCCUACAGACCUAUGCAGAGGAUGUCCGAGGUUUGAUUCAUUACAACACUCAGGUCACCAAUGUGGAACUGCUCAGCACAUCCACUAGGGAUAAGUCUAACGAAAUGAUAUUUCACAAGGUCUACGACGCUGUCGUUGUAGCAUCUGGUUAUUAUUCUAUUCCUCAAGUCCCUCACAUCUCUGGCCUCGGUCAAUGGAAGCAAACUUACCCCGACACGGUCAUACACUCGAAGUACUAUCGGCGGCCGGAGCCAUAUGCCGGCAAGAGAAUAUUGAUUGUCGGAUCCGGAGCCUCUGGUCAGGAAAUAGCAACUCAAAUUUCGAAGGUAGCAGCAAAUACAUAUAUUUCUGCGAGAUCGAACAAACCAUCACUGGAUUCGAGAAUCACUGUUUUCCCAUCGAUUUUGCAAUUUGAUGCACUAGAAUGGAGUAUAACCUUUGAGGAUGGCUUAAAAUUGCUUGAUCUCGACUCCAUCGUCUUCUGUAACGGUUACAUUUAUGCCUAUCCAUUCUUGGAGUCGAUUGUGCCGUCUCCAAUUACAGAGAACGGGUCCGGAUUAAAGGGAACAUACCACCAUUGUUUUUUUACGCCACACCCGUCACUGUCCUUCCUCACCUUACCACGCGGAAUUCUAUACUGGCCAGAGUCACUACCUUCCACUGCUGAGAUGCAGAAGUGGGAAGAGGAUCUAUUAGCUGCAACCCCAACAGGCCAGGAUUUCCAUUCUUUGGAGCCACCACCACGGGAUGGCAAUCACCUUAACUUCCUGUAUGACUGGGCAAUCCAGGCGGACAAGAAACAAGGACUCGACAUGGUGGGAUUGGGAAACUGCCAACGCAUUGGGGUCUAGUUGAAUUUUAGCAAAGAUCAAAGACCCCAGAAAUUCACAAGGCUUUUUCAAAGCUCACUCCAAAGGAAAGGGGGAUAGUUCGGACCGUGGAAGACCUCGGCUUCGUCUACCCCGGAGAUAGAAAAGCAAAGCCCCUGUCUUCGGUUUGGGGAUCGUUAUUCGCCAUCAUGACUUGGCCGUGGAGUUGAUGUUCGUAUGGUGCGCUAGGGACGAUUGAAGUUAAGGCAGCUCCUAUGCUGGAGAUGAAAACAUGGCGUUCAGUGCGAGGUGUGCAUCGAGCGAUGCCUAUGCACUAGUUCAAAUGCACUGUGGGACUUAGAUUGCAUGUGUGCACGAGGAUGCAUUAUUACAGCUUAUCUUGAGCAGUACGAUAUCUAUAGAUUAGACGAACUUCACAAUUCUUUAUUUUUCG